AUGGAUUGGUUUGUAGAUCGUCGCGAUGAUGACAAAAAUAAAAGUAUUUUUAAAACAGUUGUGAAUAAUUUAAUUCCACAAUUAAAUCAAAGUAUAUUGGGCAUGUCAUCAACUUUAAAAUUAUCAUAUUCUGAUCCACAAACAAUAAUGUCAUUAAUUAGUCAUGUUGAUAAUGCUAUGAAUGGACAAACAUCAUGUAUACAACAAAAUUUUAAAGAUUUAAGUAUAGUACGAAUAACAUGGGAUUUAAUCGUUAUUGCACUACGUUUACUAAUUGAUGAAGCUAUAAAAAUAGUUGAUCUCAAACAUAAAGAAUUAAGAAAAGCAAUUAGUAAUUUAGAUAAAUGGAAACAAGAUAUAAAAGAUCAAUUUAUUGUAAUGGAAAAUUCAUCUGAACAAGGUAGAAAAUUUAAACAAGAUUUAGAAAAUCAGAUUAUAUCAGAAAUUGUUCGUAUUUAUAAACAAAAAACAAGUGAUGCAAUUGGUUUGAAUAUAUCAACAAGUACGCAUAUUGAAGCAAAAAAAAUUGCUUGA